GAGAAUAGCGUCCCCCAGCAGAGUUUGGGGAGCGGGGCGGCUCGGGGCGCCCUAAGGCCGGCCGGGGGGCGACACCCCUCGAAGGGAGGCGGGGCCCGGCCGGGGGAUGGCUCUCCGAGCUCGGGGGGCGCCGUAGCGGCCGGGGGGAAGCCGCCGAGGGGCCGGCCGCCAUGGAGACGAAGGAGCUGCAGGAGCGGCUGCGGGAGGCGGCGGCGCUGGGGGACGCCGAGGAGGUGCAGAGGCUGCUGGGGCUCGGCGUGGACCCCAACUCCCAGAACGAAGUCAACGGCUGGACUUGUUUGCACUGGGCAUGCAAACGGAACCAUGCUCCAGUGGUGGCUUACCUGCUGCACUCUGGUGCCGACAAGGAGAUCCUCACCAAGAAAGGAGAGAGGCCUGUCCAAUUAACGUCAAAGAGGGAGAUUAGGAAGAUGCUGGGAGUGGAAGAUGAUGAACUCCCAGAGCUAAAAAAUGAUUCAGAACUGCCAAUCAUCCCUAAUUACCUGGCUAACCCACCUUUCCCUUACGUUUAUAAUACCACAAGUAACAAUAUUCCAGAUCCCUCUGUGAAUGGGAGUAUCUCGUGUACAGAAUCGCAAGAUCCUGACUCUUCUCCUUUACCCGACACGGAGACGUGCACGCGGGCAUCAGCACAGCAGAAUGCUGCUCCUGAGGCAGCAGGCAGUAAGGGAGCUGCACCAUCCUUGCCUGGAGGCUGCACCGUACCACGAUGCUCAAAUCCUGCCGUGCAGAACGGCCCCGUUUACCAGACACCUGCAUCUUGGAACAGAAGUCCUCCUUCGCCAGUUGGAUCGAAACAGCCUGGACCUCAGCUAGGGAACGGCUCCUGCACGGGGCCUGUUCCAACGUUUCAGCCGGUUUUCUUCACAGGAGCUUUUCAACUUAAUAUGCAAGAACUGGUGCUUAAAGUUAGAAUACAAAAUCCUAGUCUUAAAGAAAAUGACUUCAUUGAAAUUGAACUGGACAGACAAGAACUGACCUAUAAGGAACUGCUCCGAGUGAGUUGCCGUGAGCUGGGUGUUAACCCUGAACAUGUACAGAAGAUCAGAAAAUUACCAAAUACAAUGCUAAGAAAGGACAAAGAUGUUGCAAGGCUACAGGAUUUCCAAGAACUGGAGCUUGUUCUAACAGUAAGCGACAAAAACUUCCUUUUCAGAGUCCCAACACUUUCUGAACGGAGUGGUUAUAACAAGAAGGCAUCAGAACUGACAUACUAAUUGUUUAAAGAAUAAAACAACAUAUUUGUAUCUCUCAUUUUAAAAUAAUAUUUGAAAUACAGUAUCUAUAAGGGCUAAUGAUGUGAAAAAAAUCUAUUUUGUUAAUCUUGAAAUAAACUAAAGAUAUUAUGCACAAUUACAGCCUCUAGUUAAUCUAAGAGUAAUUAAUCUAAUAUGAAAGUAGGUUAUGCAAAGGAAGUAUUGGUAAAAAUACCUGUUAAUGCAACACUUUUCCUUACAAAAAAGGAUAAUCUUGAAAUACUGUAGAGGUAGCAGCUCUCAGGGAAAGGCUUACCUUAAACUGUUCUAAUAAUUUGCUAUAAAAUAGCAGAGGUACUCAUGCUAAAAAACCUGCCACGAAACCCAUUUAAUAUUUGUACUGAGUCCAUUACCAUUAACACUUUCUAAAUCAUUUAUUUUUAGUCAGAUCAUAUUUAGAAUGAAAAAAACAGGAGGGUUUAAAUCUGUGGAAGAAGCACAAAACUAUGUCUAGUUUAAAUACUAUUAACUGACUUAUUACCUGUGAUUUCUUAAUACCUGUUUACACCUUUCCCUAUUUCUCAGGUUGAAACAAAAAGUGACCGUAAUUAUCCAAAUCACAAAUAUGCUCUCAACCAAAAUCAUAGAUCCAUUUUAUUGUUGUCUGUCAAUAUAUAGUAUUGACAUGUGCAAUUUAAAAUACUGUUUUUGUUACUGUAUUGAAAAUACAUUUCUCCAAUGCUGCUUUUAUGUUCCCCUUUGGAAGCACAAGAAUUGUGAUUUUAUUGACUUCUUACCACCUACAUUCCUGACAAAAAAUCAUGUAUUGAAACUUUAAAGUUGCCUGUGUAAGAAGAAUCUAAUGAAAUGCCCAGGGUUUUCUGAGCUAAUAUUAAAAUCUUGAUGUUCCUAUGCAAUGUAUUUUUUUUUCCUCCAGUGACUUGUGUUUACCCAUAUUGCGUACUAAAAAAAACACUAUUCCUGUUCCAUAAAAUCCAAAAUUAGACUGCUGUGAUAUGAAAUUCUGAUAUAAAUAAAUUGAAAAGUAUUUAAGAUGGUGAGCUGGAUUUUAUCUAACUUUUUAGGAUUUUAAUAUUUACUCAGUCAUCUGCAUUUGAGGUAGAUUUCUAUUCUGGUAGCAUAACUGUAAAAUAUGUACUAUGAAUUAGACAAAAGAACUAAAGGACUAGAUAUAAACAGGCAGACAGAACAUACCAAACUGGACUGAAUUUGCCAUAGCUCGUCUUCUCCCCUCUUCCCUCCCCGCCCCUCCAGUUUCUUUGGAAACUACAGCACCAAAGGACUUUGUUUUCAUGUUGUCUGAUAGAAUUUACAGCUCAAGUCAGCUGUAUGUUGCACAUGGACCUGUGAAAUGGGUCUUACAGCAGUAGCCUGCAGAGAAGGGAACCCUGCAAGCUAGCUGGAGGAAGCGCUGAGAUGAAAACCCUCUUAACUCUUACCACUCUUCUCACAGAAGAUGACUUCCUCUGACUGGCGUUAGGUGUCCUCCACAGCCUUUUCUCCUUUCUCGGAGACAGGGACAGGAAAGUCGUCGCUCUUCCCUGGCAGUCAGAGCUAUCGCCCGUAUUACAGCUAAGACAAUAGGAACUGGUACCCGGGUUUGCCCACGCUCUCCCAUCCAGUGAAUAUUCCUCUGUGCAGUGGGAAGCAGCUUCAGCAAGAGUGAGUGGGCACACAAGGGGGAGCCCUCUCCCUAUCUGCUGUGUAGGCAGAUGCCCAACGUUCACCUGAAAGCACAAAGCCGUGCAAACACCCAAAUUUCCUGCGUCAAUUACCUAGAUUGAAGCUCGGUCUCCUAAGGACAAUAGCAAAACAUUUUGUCACAACAAAAUAGCCUCUUGCGAAAGUGUUAGAGGUCAAAUGUGGUCUGAGUCAUCGGCAAUAUUGAUUUCUUAUACUAAAAUGCUGGUGGUAUAUUACCUUCUGUAUAAUGGAAUAAUAAAAUUCUUGUUCCUUAUGUCAUGCCUUGUCUAUUGCGUUGUCCCUGGCACACAGAACAGCUGUGGUUUAUGUACCGGCUCUCUAAAUGCCAGCUAAAUCCAUAAAGGUACCAAGCUGUUAUGGAUUAACUAGUCAAAAGUAAUGGAGAAAAGCUCAGCUGCUUGGCUGAUUGCCUUCAUUGUUACACUAAUAAUAUUGUGCAGAUGCUGAUAGAUAACUAUGCAUUCAGAAGAAUAUUUUUAUACAUUAUGCAGUUUAUACACAGAAGAUACUAUUAACACUCCUAACUUAAUCUGAUAAGUAUAUAACCAUUACAUUACUGUAUAUGAUAAAUAAUUCAUUACUUUGUGCAUUGCUAUGUGAAAUGUUAAUUUCAAAUGAAUGCUUGGCUGCAGAUUCUUGUUUCAAUUUAAGAAGUAUCGUUUGUAACAAUAAAUGAUUAUUUUUGUC